UCACGAAGAGCGGACUUUGGGGGAAUUCUCACCAGCGUAUACUUUCUUUUCAACUUCCCUGUGCAUAACUCAGUGUGCGUUCAGCAGGUGCGAGCUUACCUUUAGGAUUCUUGCUCAAUCACUGGUGUGGAUAAGCUAAUUGGAGAUCCAGAGCCAGAAAGCUGUCGACGCUGGGACCUUUUUAUCACAACAUUUGCCUAGCACACCUUUUCCUCAGCCACCAGUGACGGUAAUAUUUGCGGAAAAGCGAUCAAAACAGGACGGAGAGGAAAAAGGAGGAGGAUUCACAAGAAUUUGGUUGUAAAUUCUCUGGAAAACUUGAUAAGCAUCAUCAUUUUUGCUGCACGCUCAGCAAAGGUGGGGACUUUCACAUGUGAGUGUUUUUAUGCCAGUACAUGAGUAUGUAAGUAACCUCAUCAGGAUGGGAAUAGACCCGGGAACCUCUUAACCCGUUGAUCUGGCUCUGAGAUGGUGGGAAUCAGCUGGCGCGUGCUAACAACUGGAGAUAACAACACUCAGGGGCACACAUGGUCGUAAACAACAACCACUGAUUUGCUGAGACUGAAAAGUAUCGUAGUGUAAUUUGGAAACCUUCCUCCACCCUGUCAUGCACCACUGAGGAACAUUACAGAACAUGGGGACUGUGCACAUGGAAGUGUGUGCCGCAGAAGGGCGGUGAUUUUCCUUAUUGCUGGAUUGCUUAAUUACCCCUUUGGGUUUGGGAAUCACGCCUGGAGUCUUAAGGCACAAAGGAAGAGAAGAAAGGAAAAGAGAUGAUUUAAGUCUUGUGGCAGAGAGAUGAAGUGAAGGAGAAAGAGGUUGGAAGUUGGGGCUGUGUGGGUCAGAGUCAUGAUGUGGAAGUGUGCAAAGCAAAUGGAAGGCAAACUGGGUUAUGGCUGAAUGUCCUGCUGGAACUAAUUUAAUGCUUUAUAUUGAAUGUGAAUAGUUUGAAACAGUUCAGUAAGUGUGAAUAUCUGGUCUACCCACCAAGCUGAGGAUUGUUUUUAGCUAUUAAAACUUUAAAGAAGCUUUAAAGACGAGUUUUUGAUCUUCUCUUUCUGAGCAAAAAUGAGAGGCGAUAGGAGAUCCGCAUCAUUCCGAAAGGAGAAACCAGCGGGCCUUUCCCGGGCUCUCAGCUGGCUCAACGUGUCCAACCUCUCCCGCCAGAGCAGGCGCGUCUUCCAGAGCCAAAACGAGCUUAACGUGGUACACAGCCGCCACCCGUACUCGCACUCUCACACUCACCUUCACACCUCAGACAGAGAUGACGGUGAGGACGACGACAACUGGGUGUACCGGCCUCAACACAGAACAGAUGGAUCUCCUGGGAAAACAUUUAGGUGCCUGAACCACCUUAACUGGUUCAUCUCAACAAGAAGGACCUGCAUCUCUGCAUCCAAGAUCCCUCAGCAUGUCUGAGCUUUCCAAGUCUGGAAAUUUGUUUGGGC